AUGCAGUCUGAUCGCCAUAAUCAGCUGCUCAAUCGUCUCAUCAAGGCCGCACGAUAUAAUCAUCCUCAUGCAAGAAUCACUACAAAUCAAGUGCCCCCUCAUAUUACUGAUACACGGCAACGUCCAGAUUUGGUGAUCGUGGAUGAAGAUCGGCACCAGGUUUUCAUCACCGAUGUCACUGUUACGGCACAAUCGACCUCGAACAACAAUCAAGCAACGAAUGGUGGUACUUGUCUUGACCAUGCAAGGCAGAGGAAAGUGGAUCGUUAUGCUGAUAUCAAGAGGCAAUAUGAAGAGAUGGGAUACAGCGUUGACUUUGACAGCAUUUGUACUUGGCAAUGUUGGUGCAACACCAACAAUCGCUCACGCCAUACCAAUCGACGAUCUUACACACCAUCGUCACGAGCUACUGGCAGUAACAGCAUUCCACUUUCUCAACGACAACGAACAUCACAACCGCCAGCCACAAAUGCUGAUACUGUUGCAAUCAACACUCAACGUCGCAACCGUCGCACAAUGCACUGA